AUGGAGUCUGGACGGGAAUGGUCGCCGAUGCUGGCAAGGCUGAAGAAGACAGCGGGGCAAUACCACGAACGCAUACCAUGGAUUCGCCGGCUUCCAGCUCCUGCAGUGGGCAUAAUCGUACUUCUUGCAGUGGUCCAGGUCGUUGUCUGGAUAGCGGUCGGCAUCGUAUUGCACUUUCACACUGCGCUCAUAUCAACUGCAGUGCUCUCAUACACUCUGGGACUACGACAUGCAUUGGACGCGGAUCACAUAUCAGCAAUUGACCUCAUGACUCGGCGUCUGGUAGCUUCCGGCCAACGACCGGUCACUGUGGGAACGUUCUUCUCACUAGGACACUCGACCAUUGUUAUCGUCACAUCAAUUGUUGUAGCUGCCAGCUCUGCAGCAAUUCAGGACCGCUUCGGGUCUUUCUCCGAGGUCGGCGGUAUUAUUGGUUCAUCCGUAUCAGCGGCAUUUCUGAUUAUACUCGGAGCGAUGAAUGCGUGGAUUCUGUAUAAGCUGUAUCAGCAGCUUCACAAGGCCAUUGCCUCGCCCAUCGGCCAGGAAAGCCUCGACUUUUCGUUUGAGGGUGGUGGUUGCAUGACGAUGCUGCUUCGCCGGACAUUCAAGCUGGUAGACAAGCCUUGGAAGAUGUAUCCUUUGGGCGUACUAUUCGGUCUGGGAUUCGAUACAUCAUCUGAGGUCGCUCUACUCGGCAUCUCCUCCAUCCAGGCAGCACAAGGAACCUCCAUCUGGCUCAUCCUCAUCUUCCCGAUUCUCUUCACUUCGGGCAUGUGUCUGCUGGACACUUUUGAUGGCGCAGCAAUGAUGUCGUUGUACACCUCUGCCCGACUUGCCAAGGACGCCAUCGCCGUGCUGUACUACCAAUGCGUAUUGACCGCAGUCACAGUGACGGUAGCGAUUGCGAUUGGUGUCCUGCAGCUUCUGACCAUGAUCCACAACGUUCGUCCGGAUUUUACAGGACCUUUCUGGGACGGUGUCGAUGUUGCUGGUGACAACUAUGAUAUCAUCGGUGGCAGCAUAUGUGGCAGUUUCGUUGUGUUCGGGCUGUUGUCGGUGUUACUGUAUAAGCCGUGGAGGAGGAGAAUCGAUCGCAAGAGGGAGGCCGGCGUGCUGGAAGAUGGCGAACGAAACUCCUCGGAAUUGGGGAGGGUGGAGCGACUGGACGACGAGCAGCUUGUUGACACUUCGCUGGGUCUUUCGACUGGUGACUGGCGGGAGGACACCGGAAAGCAAGGAGAUGUCAAGACUGGUGUGAAACCGAUAGGUGAGAGCUCAGGUGGUAUUAACUGA